GAGUACGGGGAUAAUCCAAAAUGGCGGCCACCAUCGCAAGAGUUCUCAGGACGUCUGCAAGAGUUGCAGCAGGAGGAUUGAAAGUGACAGCAGCGUGUCAACAUGGAGCGUCUGGAGCUGCGAGAAUCCUCCCCGCUGCUGCACUUCAGAGAGCCUGUUUCUCCACCAGCUCUUCCAGAUGGAGCCCUGCUGUCACUCAGCCUGCUCCGGCUUUUAAGGGCACAGCUGUCCACAAUGGGGAGUUCAAGGAUAUGAGCCUCGCUGACUUCAAGGGCAAAUACCUGGUCCUCUUCUUCUACCCACUGGAUUUCACCUUCGUGUGUCCGACUGAGAUCAUCUCAUUCAGCGACAAGGCCAGUGAGUUCCACGACAUUAACUGUGAGGUGGUGGGCGUAUCUGUGGACUCUCACUUCACCCACUUGGCGUGGAUCAACACUCCACGCAAGACUGGAGGCUUGGGCAACAUCCACAUCCCCCUGCUGUCUGACCUCACCAAGCAGAUCUCCAGAGACUAUGGGGUGCUGCUGGAGGGUCCAGGCAUUGCACUGAGGGGCCUGUUCAUCAUUGAUCCAAACGGUGUGGUGAGACACAUGAGUGUGAACGACCUGCCAGUGGGCCGCUGUGUAGAAGAGACCCUCCGUUUGGUGAGGGCGUUCCAGUUUGUGGAGACCCACGGCGAGGUUUGUCCAGCCAGCUGGACUCCCGAGUCCCCAACGAUUAAACCAACCCCAGAGGGAUCCAAGGAGUACUUUGAAAAAGUCAACUGAAGAAGACAAAGUUCACAACUCGUACACCUAAAAAUAAAUGUACUCUUAGUUUACAGUUUGAGUUGUAUUUAAUCGUACGCCACUGGAUACACUAAAUAAAUGUAUUCUUUAUAAAAGGCA